AUGAAAUCAAAGAUCAAUCUCCGAGUCUUCAUUUUGCUCAUCGCUGGGAGCUUUUCAGAAACAUGGGCUCAAGCUGUUCGUCCGUGUUUUAUCACGGGCAACGUGCCCCUUCCUGCCUCCGUAACCUACGAUCCGAGCGUACAAUGCGACUUGGCCAUCAAGCCUUUCCCUGAUGUUCCUGAUGUAUAUAUGACGGUUAACCAAGUUACUUACAGAUUUUCACAAAGGGAUAUCAGCUAUCAGUCAUCAGCAGACAUCAUACCACCAGUGAUAUUUGCUGUCAGGAGUUUUGGUGUAAUGAAGGCAACAGAUAAACUUGAAGUGUAUGGUAAAUUAUAUGGUGCCAUUAAUGCUGGUGUGCGAAGCCAGGGAAACAAAGCAGCAACACAAUUGACCAAAGGGUGA